GCUGUCUACUGCCUACCGUACAUGCAGGUCACCAACGCCCGCAUGCCCCCCAGAAGGCGGUAAGCCCUUGUUGGUCUGGCAUCGGCAGAGAGGGUUUGAUGCAAGUGCAGGCCUCCAGGCCUCCAGUUGCCCUGCAAGUGCCCGUCGGUCGGCCCUUCUCCCCCGCCCCGGCCGCGGCUCUCACUCUUUUCUUGCUCUUUUUUUUUCCUCCCUUUUUUCUUUCUUUUUUUCUGCACUUGACCAGUGCCCGCCCGGCUUCAUGACUUGCCCAGCUCUGUCUUUCUCAAUCACAUGGACUUGUGCUAGUCCCGAUCCUGUCCGUUUUUCAGUUGAUUAUUUUCCGGCCAAACCGUUGUUGAAUCCGAUUUGUUUCUCAUCCCCUCCAUAGAUUUGUUCCUUUUUUCUUCUUUUCCUCGAUCUGUCCUCGGUUAUAUUUCCUUGUGUUUUCUUCCCUAAUUACUCUGUGCAUGUGACCCCGGACCAAGACAGCAUUGAGCUUACAAGCACUAGCUAGCUAGCAUCACCCACACAGGCCACCCACCCUGCGCCUGUUUCCUGCUCCGCCAACGUCGUUGCUUGUCCCGUCUCGGGCCCACGCGAGCUAUCUCUUGCCGCGCCGGUGCCGCCACCACCACACACAGAAGCCAUGGAUGACUACAUGUUCGAGACCAUGCUGGAGGGCUGCACGAGCGUGAACGAGACGACGAGCUAUCUCGAGAUCCUUAACUACUCGGACCCGACCAUGAACAGCAACGAGGAGCACUCGUUGCCCAUGUCCGAGUUUGAAAACUUUAUCCACCGCAGGGGAGUCUUUGAGCCGCCGAGGCUCAAGAACGGAGCCAAGCUUCUCCACGGCUUGCGCUUAGUGCUGCAGCAAAGGGCGCAGGACCCCGAGACGUUCGCGCCAAACGUCAUCUCCUUCACGGCCGGCGACUACGAGGCCAUGGUGCGGGGGAUGCGGCUCCCGCUCCGGGCCAUCGAGGGCACCGCCGUCGUCGGGCCCUUCUUCUGGUCCGCCAUGGACCACGCCGACGACGCGGACCCGCACCUGCACGUCAUCUUCCGUAAGUCGGACGUGCGCAAGAAGGGCCGCACGCGCGGCUGGGAGCUGAUGCUGUCGUACUCGUUCCGCACCGGCGUAACCUCGGGCUACGCAAAGGGCACCGAGUCGUCGGACCUGGUCGAGGCCGUCCGCACCGUCCGCGCCUGCGCCCACGACGUCAACCACCCCUUGCUCCUCCCCCUCGUCGUGCUGAGCCACGACCUGAGCCCAAAUGGCGACGUCAAGCAGCGCGACGCGCGCGACUGGCUCCGCCGCCUCGAGCACGCCGUCAGCAUGCGCGAGGAGAUCCACGAGCGCGAGAGCUACGUCGGCGGCACCUGCACCGGCACCGGCACCGGCACCGGCGGCGCCAGCCUCUCGGGCCUGGACCUGGACCAGCUCAACCGCGACCUGGUCGAGUGCCACUCGCAGGUGCUCUGGAAGCGGCCGCGCGCCUACCUCGAGAUCGCGGCCGCGCUCGAGGACGCCAUGGAGCUCUUCCGGUCCCGCCUGACGCUGAUACCGCGCGAGCGCGGCGGCGGGCCCCUGGGGAGCCUCGACCGCGCCCACCGCGGCAUGCUGGCCCGCCUGGGCUUCUACCGCGCCAAGCUGCGCGGGGUCGAGAGCUACGCGCACACGACGCUCGAGCGCCUCGGCAUCCAGCGCGCCGCGCUCUACAACACGCUGGCGCAAAAGGAGAGCCGCCUCAGCCUCGAGAUCGCGAGCCAGCAGCGCCGCCUGGCCCACGCGUCCAAGCGGGACAGCAACAGCAUGAAGACUCUGUCGCUGCUCGGCGCCAUCUUCCUGCCCGCCACCUUUCUGGCCUCGGUCUUCAGCAUGACCUUUUUCGACUUCAAGGCCCAGAACGGCGAGCCCGUCGUGGCCGAGUCGGUCUGGAUCUACUUUGCCCUCACGGUGCCGCUCACGCUCGCCAUCGUCGUCUGCUGGCUCGUGUGGGACCGCCGCCGCGAGCGCCACUACGCCGCCGAGGACGAGGACCUCGAGAAGGGCAUCGACAAGAUGGAGCUCCAGAUCAUGGCCGCCAUGCGCCAGCGCACCCUGAGCAAGGUCCGCACCUUUGGGCCCGGCAACGCGAUAAAGUCGGAGAAGCUCAGGCAGGACGCCAAGGAUGGGGGCGUCAAGGUGAAGGAAAAGGUAUGACGGACCGAAGAAAGAAAAAAAGGAAGGGGAAAAAAAAAAGGAAGAAAACAAAACACACUGUUCUCUACGACACCGAGUUAUAAACCUCACGAAGCUAUGAGCCAUGACCAUCAACGGAAUACGAAACAGCAAAGCAAAAAACACAUACACAGACAUGAUCAUGAUUAAACGAGAGAGCUUGUUCUUCUUUUCGUGCCGUGCCCAGACACAUAGAGGCUGAUCCUGAUUUUCUGCCUUGUUCUAUCUGUGAGGUCAAUAUGCA